AUGAGAACUUUAAUUCUCUUAACAUUAACAGUGUUUACUGCUUUUUCGAAUAAUUGUAAUCCACCUGUUUACAAAUGCCUAUCAUGCAAAACACAACAUGGAAAUGAAUGUGAAAAAUGUGAAGCAGAAUAUUAUUUAAAAGAUAAUGAAUGUGAUAAUUGUUCUGGUGGCUGUUUAAACUGUUCUGAUGCUGACACCUGCACCAAAUGUAAAAAUGGCUAUUAUUUAUAUGAUAAAGCUUGUACAUCAUGUAAAUAUGGCUGUUCUGAAUGCAGUGAUUCUAAGAAGUGUUAUGACUGUUUUGAGGGAUUUAUCUUAAAGAAAAUAAAUGCAAUGCUUGUUCUGAUAAUUGCGCAAAAUGUACUGAUGCUAAUACUUGUAAAGUCUGCAAAUCUGGUUUUUAUCUUGAAGAAAAUAAAUGCAAAGCAGAAGUCGAGUGUAAUACUCCAACACCUGGAUGUUUGA